AUGGCGAAAAACAGUUUGGAAGAUUUACAUGAGAUAAGAAGGGGAGUGGCAAGUGGACAGAGUAGAGAAGAAAGUAGAAGGACCCAAAGGUGGAGAAAACCUGAAGAUAGUAGAUUUAAAGCCAACUUUGAUGCUACAUAUGAUGCCAAGAGACAGAAGAUGGGAGCUGGAAUUAUAGUCAUAGGUAGAAAUGGUGAUGUUAUGGCCUCAAUGGCUAUUCCAAUAUAUCAUGUUACAUCCCCUUUUAUAGCAGAAAGUUAUGCGAUAUGGAAGACAAUUGACAUGUGCACUAGGUUAGGAUUUAGAGAGGUAGUACUAGAAGGUGAUGCAAAAGUUGUUAUUAAUAUUGUAAAUACUAAAGAAGAGGAUGAAUCAUGA